CAGGUCAAAGCAAGAUGGCGCUGCUGAAGUGUGUGGUCCGCUCCGGAAGGAAUGCCGUGUCGCUGGUUCUGCGGCGGGAGUUGCACGGAAGCACGCCGGCCUCCAUGCAGGUGACUGUGCGUGAUGCAUUGAACCAGGCCAUGGACGAGGAGCUGGAUAGAGAUGACAGAGUUUUCCUCCUGGGAGAGGAGGUCGCUCAGUAUGAUGGAGCCUACAAGGUGAGCAGGGGCCUGUGGAAGAAGUAUGGAGAUAAGCGUAUCAUCGACACUCCAAUCACAGAGAUGGGUUUUGCUGGAAUCGCUGUGGGAGCAGCUAUGGCCGGCCUCAGGCCCAUCUGUGAGUUUAUGACCUUUAACUUCUCCAUGCAAGCAAUUGACCAGAUCAUCAACUCUGCUGCCAAGACCUACUACAUGUCUGCUGGCCUGCAGCCAGUUCCCAUUGUCUUCAGAGGGCCCAACGGGGCGUCGGCAGGAGUCGCCGCCCAACACUCCCAAUGCUUUGCUGCUUGGUACGGCCACUGUCCCGGUCUGAAGGUGGUGAGUCCCUGGAGCGCAGAGGACGCCAAGGGUCUGCUCAAAUCUGCCAUCAGGGACGACAACCCAGUGGUGUUCCUGGAGAAUGAACUCAUGUAUGGUGUUCCCUUUGAGAUGUCAGAGGAAUCCCAGUCCAAAGACUUUGUCAUUCCCAUCGGCAAGGCCAAGGUCGAGAGAGCAGGAAGCCAUGUGACCCUGGUGUCCCACUCGCGGUACGUUAGCCACUGUCUGGAUGCUGCAGCAGUUCUGGCCAAAGAUGGUGUCGAGUGUGAGGUGAUAAACCUGCGGACCAUCAGGCCCUUGGAUGUGGAAUCAAUUGAAACCAGUGUGAUGAAGACAAACCACCUGGUGACAGUGGAGGGAGGCUGGCCUCAGUUUGGAGUCGGAGCAGAGAUCUGUGCUAGGAUCAUGGAGGGUCCAGCCUUUAACUACCUGGAUGCGCCCGCGACCCGGGUCACGGGUGUAGACAUUCCCAUGCCCUACGCCAAGAUCCUGGAGGACAACAGCCUGCCGCAGAUAAAAGACAUCAUCUUCUCCGUCAAAAAGACUCUCAACAUCUGAGAGGACACUGUGGCUGCUGUUCACACACACACACUCACACACACUCACACACACUCACACACUAGCCUCUUUCCCUCUGGACACUUUAGGCAUAUGUGAUGUUAGCGUGUUGCAUGUGUAUGUGCAGAGCAUGUGUGUGAUGGCAGCCAUGUUGUUCACCUUCAGACUCAGAUAAUCAGACUUCUGUCAGGCUGUUUUCUUUGAUCCACUUCUGAUUCUGUUCUGUGUGAGCAGCCUAAAUCCACUUGGACUUUGGAUUAGUCUGUUUGAACACACAUGAAACCCUCUCAUGUCAGAGCCCAAAUAUCAGAGUCAUUAGGUCCUCUGACUCCCUGUAAACACACCUGAAAAGGCUCCCCUUCUUCCACCACAUUGAAACUCCUCCAAAAUUACACGUUGACAGAACUCUUUUUAUUUUUGUGUCUGAAUUCAGAGCCGUACACAGAAGAUUUGGUGCAGUUCAUAACACCUGACGAGCAGCUUCCUCCUCUAUAAUUAACAUCUGGCACAAAUGACGGAACUUGUAUCACUUGGUAACAGCCGCAGAGCUGCAUGGCGGUGCCAGUAUGGCUGCCGCUGAAAUUUACCCUAGCCAAACUCUGUUUAUGGCUUUGGCUUCACCUGCCACUGUAGUUUCCUCUACUCUCCCUCUUUUUCUGACAUAUUUGAGUCUAAGAAGAUUCACUCCCUAACCACCGUCUUCUUUGACCCAUAAAAUGUCCCUACACCGCACCAGGUUCAGCCCCUAAAAACAUACUAAAAAUCAGCUGUUUGUAGAUUUCAGUGACAGCGGAGGAGAGGGUAAAGAAAAGUCUAUUGUAAGAAGCUAUUUAUUAAAGCUGAAUCCCACCAACAUGCUUAUUUAUGUUGCUGUAAAUGACUCUGUUACAGAAAUAAAACCUGGUUCCAUCAUGGUC